AUGGCCAGCAAGCCGCAGCUAACAUUCGCGCGGAUAGUGUCCGGCGGGGCUGCUGCUGCUGCCGCUGCUGCAGACGCUGCCCCCUCAGCAGCAGCAGCAGCAGCAACCGCCGUGGCCGCAGCAGCGUCAAGCCACGCUUCGGAUGAAACGACAGCCACAUCGGGUAAUGCCGCCACCGCGACAGCAACAGCAACAUCAGCAUCAGCAUCGGGUAAAACUGGGACUGCAGCUACAGCCCCCAGAGCAGCAGCAUCGGGCAAAGCUGGAACUACCGCUGCUACUAGUACCACUGCAACAACAAUAGCAACAACAACCGCAGCAACAGCAGUAGUUACUGCUGCCAUUACCACUACUACUACUACAAAUACUGCUGCUAGCAGUACCACUAGUUCUGGAAGAAGCACUGAUAUGCCGCAGCAGCGCAGCAAAAAGCAGGAUUCCGAGCGCCCUGCGUCACAUCAGCAGCAGCAGCAGCAGCAGCAGCAGCAGCAGUCGACCGCGCGACGCAGCAAGCCUGCACCACGAUACAGCCGGUACGAUGCUCCGAGCAGAAAGGAUGACAAAGACGAAAGCGAGAAUGCACAUGCAGUGGAACAGCCAGAAAUCAUUUUGGGUCCUGCGCCCAUCCCAGCAGUGAAUGCGUGGUUCAAGCAGUCUUCGCAGCGUAAGCUUACUUUGUCACUUUGGCUCUUGUUUUGUCACAGCCUUACAUUACGUUGUUAG